AUGGUGGGGCGUCGUCGUCCGCCUCAGUCGCGUCGCGGCGUCCCACACAUCAUGUUGCUGCCUCUCAGGCUGCUGGUGGUGGCGUCACUGGUGUCUUGUUGGAACGUGUCCAGCCCUCCAGACCUGGCCCGGCAUCUAGCCAUGACCAGCUCCUGUUUCUGCUGGAGUGGCCCGGACCUUUACCUAGCCCCGGAUUGUCGCUGUUACAGAGACUGGUAUACUAAACAUUCUGAUGUUGAUAGGCUGCUGGUGGUGGCGUCACUGGUGUCUUGUUGGAACGUUUCCGUUUCCAGCCCUCCAGACCUGGCCCAGCAUCUAGCCAUGACCUGCUCCUGUUUCUGCUGGAGUGGCCCGGACCUUUACCUAGCCCCGGAUUGUCACUGUUACAGAGACUGGUAUACUAAACAUUCUGAUGUUGAUAGGCUGCUGGUGGUGGCGUCACUGGUGUCUUGUUGGAACGUUUCCAGCCCACCAGACCUGGCCCAGCAUCUAGCCAUGACCUGCUCCUGUUUCUGCUGGAGUGGCCCGGACCUUUACCUAGCCCCGGAGUGUCACUGUUAUAGAGACUGGUAUACUAAACAUUCUGAUGUUGAUAGGCUGCUGGUGGUGGCGUCACUGGUGUCUUGUUGGAACGUUUCCAGCCCUCCAGACCUGGCCCAGCAUCUAGCCAUGACCAGCUCCUGCUUCUGCUGGAGUGGCCCGGACCUUGACCUAGCCCCGGAGUGUCGCUGUUACGGAGACUUGUUUACGGAAAUCCCAACCAACCUCUCCCAGCCUCUCAGGAAAUUGACAAUAACGGACGCUGGCAUAGUAGCGAUUCAGGCACAUACCUUGCAACCAUAUAGAACACUUCGAGAGUUCACAGUAAUGAAUGUGAAACACUUUCAAUACUUUGAACCAGGACUGUUCACAAAUAUGACCAGGCUGCGCACAAUCUACAUAUACAAUGCUCCGUCACUGGUCCAUAUCGCCCCAUCGGUGUUUGACGUUUCUCUACCUCGUCUAAAGAUAUUGAGGAUCAUCAACACAGGUUUAAAGACAGUACCAGACUUAAGUCUGCUGUUGACUCUCACUCCUCUAGUAAUGAUAGAUUUAGAAAACAAUCAAAUUUCAAAACUACACACUAAUGGAAUCCGUGUCCGAGCAGAAUCACUGGUCAUAAACUACAACAUCAUACAAGAAGUUGACCGAGGAGCGUUUAACCUUUCACAGAUAGCAAAAGUGAGUUUAAAAGGAAACAACGCACUUGUAUUCCUCCAUGAGUAUGCCUUCGAGGGACUUAAAAGUUUACGUCAUCUAGAUCUAUCAGAGACUGCUAUCACUUCCCUUCCUACCGAAGGACUGCGAGAUCUAGAAGUGUUGCGUGUACAAGAAACCCGAUCUCUCAAGGUCUUUCCGUCCGUUUACAAAUUCGAGCUUAUUCGUGAGGUCUACUUAACAUACGCGUAUCACUGCUGCGCAUUUAGAUUUCCUGCGAAACACGACAUUGUGGAAUAUCAUAAACAUCAGGAGUUUAUUAGAAAAACUGAGGAGUUAUGCCACAAGCCAGAAGAAUCAGAGAGUCCACAUUCCAGGGUGGAGAGAAGUUGGGACAACGAGCCUUGGCUGACGGAGAACGACACAGCUGAGAUUUGGGGAGAGUUACAGACAGCUCCGACACCUCUAGGGGCCACCUCGGCACCUCUCGGCACCUUCCAUCAGAAGGUUCCAGUGAAACCCAACCACCGCAUCCACGCGUUGUGCGGGAACUUGAGCAAGAACUACCAGGAGGUGUUGUGUUAUCCUGCUCCUGACGCCUUCAACCCCUGCGAGGACAUCAUGGGACACUGGACCCUCCGUGCUGCAGUCUGGGUGGUCGCCGUGCUGGCGUUGUUUGGCAACAUAGCGGUCAUACUUGUGCUGCUCUCCUCUAGAUUCCGCAUCACAGUGCCCAAGUUCCUGAUGUGCAACCUCGCCUUGGCCGACUUCUGCAUGGGUGUCUACCUGCUACUGAUAGCAGUCAUGGAUGCGCGCUCCAUCGGGGACUACUUUAACUACGCCAUCGACUGGCAGAACGGGGACGGUUGUCGAGUGGCGGGGUUCCUGACAGUCUUUGCCUGUGAGUUGUCCAUCUUCACAUUGGCAGUGAUCACUGUAGAGAGGUGGUACACCAUCACCUACGCCAUUCACCUCAACCGUCGCCUCAAGCUGAGCACGGCGGCCAAGAUCAUGGCUGGGGGCUGGCUCUACUCCACCGUCAUGGCGGUGCUACCUCUAGUCGGUGUCAGCAGCUACUCCAAGACCAGCAUAUGCUUGCCGCUGGAGAACCUGAAGGCCCUGGAUCUAUCGUACCUGAUCAUUCUGUUGCUGUUCAACGGACUCGCGUUUGCGGUGAUUUGCGCGUGUUACGGUCGCAUGUACUGCUCCAUCAGGGGCGGUCAGGACGCAGCGGCCUCAGUGACUCGCUCCGACAUGACGGUGGCCAAGCGCAUGGCUCUCCUGGUCUUCACCGACUUUGCUUGUUGGGCGCCCAUAGCCUUCUUUGGCAUCACUGCACUCGCGGGAUAUCCUCUGAUCGAUGUGUCUAAGACCAAAAUUCUACUGGUGUUCUUCUAUCCGCUCAAUUCAUGUGCCAACCCCUACCUGUACGCUCUGCUCACCCAGCAGUACCGCAGGGAUCUGUUUGUGCUACUCAGCAGACACGGCCUGUGCGCCCGCACCGCAGCCAGGUACAAGGGGACUGGAGUAAUCGAACGUGGAGGAAUACCACAGAACACCCAACGACGAGGAGUCACACCUGAGAGCACCAACCAUCGAGGGUCACUACUGACAACCGUUACCUCCCUAGACUGUCCUACAAGGCCAGGCUCUCUAGACAUGGUGCCGGAAUGUCCCCUAGCCAUCCUCUCUAGAGAACACAGCGAGAACACACUAAACAAGUCUAGCUCUUACCUCUAGUCACCACUGAAUAUUGCUACCCCACUGGACUGUCCCAUACGAUCAAGCUCUUUGGACAUGGUGCCGGAAUGUCCCCUGGCCAUCCUCUCUGGAGAACACGGCGAUAACACACUAAACAAGUCUAGCUCUUACCUCUAGUCACCACUGAAUAUUGCUACCCCACUUGACUGUCCCGUACGAUCAAGCUCUCUUGACAUGGUGCCGGAAUGUCCCCUGGCCAUCCUCUCUAGAGAAUACAGCGAUAACACACUAAACAAGUCUAGCUCUUACCUCUAGUCACCACUGAAUAUUGCUACCCCACUUGACUGUCCCGUACGAUCAAGCUCUCUUGACAUGGUGCCGGAAUGUCCCCUGGCCAUCCUCUCUAGAGAAUACAGCGAUAACACACUAAACAAGUCUAGCUCUUACCUCUAGUCACCACUGAAUAUUGCUACCCCACUUGACUGUCCCGUACGAUCAAGCUCUCUUGACAUGGUGCCGGAAUGUCCCCUGGCCAUCCUCUCUGGAGAACACAGCGAUAACACACUAAACAAGUCUAGCUCUUACCUCUAGUCACCACUGAAUAUUGCUACCCCACUUGACUGUCCCGUACGAUCAAGCUCUCUUGACAUGGUGCCGGAAUGUCCCCUGGCCAUCCUCUCUAGAGAACACAGCGAUAACACACUAAACAAGUCUAGCUCUUACCUCUAGUCACCACUGAAUAUUGCUACCCCACUUGACUGUCCCGUACGAUCAAGCUCUCUUGACAUGGUGCCGGAAUGUCCCCUGGCCAUCCUCUCUGGAGAACACAGCGAUAACACACUAAACAAGUCUAGCUCUUACCUCUAGUCACCACUGAAUAUUGCUACCCCACUUGACUGUCCCGUACGAUCAAGCUCUCUUGACAUGGUGCCGGAAUGUCCCCUGGCCAUCCUCUCUGGAGAACACAGCGAUAACACACUAAACAAGUCUAGCUCUUACCUCUAGUCACCACUGAAUAUUGCUACCCCACUUGACUGUCCCGUACGAUCAAGCUCUCUGGACAUGGUGACGGAAUGUCCCCUGGCCAUCCUCUCUAGAGAGCACAGCGAGAACACACUAAUCAAGUCUAGCUCCUCUAGCCACCACUGACUACCAUUUACUUCCUAGGCUGUCCUACACGGCAAGACUCUCUCCCCGGUCCCGGAAUGUCGUAUUGCCAUAUACUCUACAGAGCACAGCGAGAAAACACUCUAAAAUUCUAGCUCUUACCUCUAUUUACCACUGACUUCUGUCACCUCACUGGACAGUCCCACACGGUCAGCUAGUUGGGGUUUCCCCGGGCUAUCCUCUCCAGAGAGCACAGUCUAGAACACAGCUGUCCAUCUUCAGGGAUAAUAGUAAGAAUACUACCAAGAAGUACAUCCCUUACCUGGUUAUCAUUGGCCUU